AUGUCGAAUGGUGCAAUGCCGAAACGCAAGUCUUCUCGUUCAUCGCUAGGUCACCAGCGCGAUGAGGUUAAUAUUCACAAUUCUUGCAGUGAAUUGUUUGAAUUGACCCCCAAACCGAAAUUAACGUGUAUACCGGAAAAUUGCAGAAAAUUAUUCGAUGAUUUAAGAUCUUUGAUAUGUAGGAAAACUCAGUCAUUGAAUGUUAACAAAAAGGUCGAAUAUCCUGAGAAAUCCUGCUCUGUGUUAUUUAUUGGUUCCAAGAGUAAUGUACAAAAGAAAAGCCUUAUUAUGUGA